AUGUCUCCAACAAACAAACUCCAGGAUAAGCUGGUUGUUGUCGUCGGCGGUACGUCCGGCAUUGGCUUUGCCGUUGCCAAAGCAUGCGUUGAACAUGGCGCCAGUGUCAUCGUCGCCGGCCGCUCACAACAAAAGAUCGAUGGCGCCAUUGAAAGACUAAAGCCAGCUGCCGACGACCUAUCAAAGGUUCGCGGGCAUGUUUGCGACUUGUCUACACCCGAUGUCGAAACGAAUGUCCGAAACCUAUUCGACUUUGCUACAAACAACGGCCAAGUCAAGGUACACCACGUCGUCAACACUGCUAGUCAAAUGAGAUCACCACUAGCUUUGAAAGACACAACCGCAGAGGAUGUUCUCAACAUCUGUCAAGCCCGUGUAGUUGGAGACGUCAUUAUCGCCAAGCUAUCUCUACAAUACCUUGAAGCGUCUCACACGUCUUCGUACACCUUGACUGGCGGCUUGGGCACCUAUAAACCCGUGGCAGGUUAUAGCGUACGCGACGGCCUCGGAGGGGCCAAAGAUGCCUUGGCUCGGAGCCUGGCUUUGGAGAUGAAGCCGAUAAGAGUGAACCUGAUCAACCCUGGAGCCGUACAGACGGAGCUGCUUGAUCAGUUGGCUGGCAUGUGGGGUGAAGAGGUGAUGGAUGAAAUUCGCGGCAAGGCGGUCUUGGGGCGAAUAGGGCAGCCGGAAGAUCUGGCCGAGGCGUACCUGGGUAUCAUGAAGAAUUACUUCAUCACUGGCUCUAUUGUUAAUAUUGAUGGUGGGUACCAGCUUGCUUGA